UAAACAUCACAUUCCAUGUUUUUUGUUUGAAAAAUGAUACUACAUGCUGGCUGAUUCGUCAUUAGGAUUCAAAGGUGAUGAGGCUGUGAUGAUCUUUCAUCUGCCGAGCAUAGGAGACGUACGAGCUCUAACGUUUGACUAUUAUUUUGAAGCAAAUUUUGAUGGACAGCUAAAGGUGAUGUUGCGUCUUAAUGGGACAUUUCAUUCCACACUGAAAACGUACACCCACCUUCCUAGCAGGGCUAACACAUGGGUAACUGAAUGUAUGGAAUUACGCUCACUUGUCGCAUCUAGCUUUGAUAUUGAGAUACGUUUUGUAGCGGUCCGCGGCACCCAAAUCACGUCUGAUGUCGGAAUCGACAAUGUGAAGCUUGCAGAGCAUUGUCCGCAUCUUAUUUCCUGUAACCGUGUUGAGAACAACUGUGGUUGGAAUAUGACUCAUAUAAGCAAUUUAGCUUCAUGGCAAUUUGGCGGAAGCACUUCAACUGAUGAAACCCGAGGUAUUCGAAUCAGAGGUUCGAGCUCUGCUGGCCUCGUUGAGCUUUUUUACCAGGGCAGGUGGUACGGAGUAUGCGACGAUAGCUGGGACAGUUACGAUGCUACAGUUGCAUGUCGCUGGCUAGGCUUCUCCAAUCCAAGUAACAAUUAUGCUGGUUAUGGCCAAAGUGGAAAUUCAUCGUUUAUUCUAGCGAAUCUUUAUUGCACGUCAACGGAAAAUACGCUGUACAACUGUAGUCACGCAGGCCUGUUUUAUACUGAAGGCUGUUACAGUAACGAAUAUGCAUACUUGGCAUGUUAUGGAACAAAAAACAACAUUAUUUGGAACAUCAAUCAACCGCACUUUUACCUGACAACUACUCAGUAUAAUGAAACCUGGGCCACCGUAUCAUCACCGAAGUUUGACCAUGCAGGUGGUCCCUACAAGUUCAUGUUUAAUUACCGCAAGACAGGCUCAGAAAUGCUUCAGAAUGUGGCAGUCCAGUGUACCUGGAGAACUUUAUUUCCCCACUUGUGAUGAAUGGAAGGGAUGCACAGCCAGGCGAAUGGCCCUGGCAGAACAGCCUGCGAUACAACAAUCAGCAUACAUGUGGUGGAACAUAUAUUGGGG